AUGUCUUCACCCGUGGGCCGACCACCGAGCCCACCGACACUUGUAGUUCCAUAUGAUGGACACUACUAUGAUGAGGGCAGUAUGGAAUAUAAAGCCUGGAGACAGUCUGCUCUACGGCCAAGUGUUAUUGCUGAGCUAGAACGGUUCGUCGCCAAUCGUAUCACGGGUCGUGGCAGAGCAAAGCAUGUACACACGGCUGAGGGUUCCUACAAUAUUAUGUUCCAAUUUCAAUUCUCAGCAAGAAGCGACGUCGCGCUCCGCAUUCCAAAGCCCGGACACACGCCGGCUGCUAUCGUUGCAAAGAAGGUACUGAACGAGGUUGCGUGGAUGAAGUUUCUAAAGGUACGUACGCGGAUCCCUAUUCCAUGCGUGCAUGACCACAGCAAGCGCGCCGACGAUCAUGUACCGCCACUCAAAUUGCCCUUCAUCUUAAUGGAUUUUAUUCAAGGUCAAAAUCUGCGUACCUUUUUGAGGUUACUAGGGAAGCCAGGGGAAGACGCUGCGAAUAACUCGAAGCGUACGACCAUUUACGAACAGAUUGCCACCUUCUAUCUUCAGCUUCAUCGGCUGCCUCUUGAAGCUAUAGGUUCUAUCUCAACACACCAAUUACCAGGUCAAUGCAUUGUUGAGGGGAGCCCGCUCACCAUGGAUAUGCAUCAGCAUCUUCUGGGCAUUCCUGACUAUCCAACCAGUAAUUGGCCGGAUAAACCCUUCCAGCAUACAAGCGACUAUUUUGAUUUCGUCAAGACCUUACAGCGCAACGAGCUUUGGAGCCUCCGCAACAUCAAUAUGCCAUGGGGAUGGCAUCCUGAAACACGGGGGCUUAUGCAACUUAAAUGCGGGGAGGACGUUGAUUUGGAACAAGCUGCUAGGAUCGCUCGGCUCCGAUACAAAUCCCGCCAGGGUUUCUCCCAGCUAAUCCCACAUUUCACCAAAGGAGAGGAUGAUGGUCUCUUCGCUCCCUUUAACCAAGAUCUUGACCCGCGCAACAUGCUCGUUAACCCGGAUACCCUCCAAGUCACUGGCGUGAUCGACUGGGAGUUUACUAACGCCAUGCCCAUUCAAUUUGCCCGUCAGCCGCCUUUGUGGUUGCAUUAUAAGGUGCUGCCUGGCCCAACUUUGGAAAGAGGCUACUUCCCUUGGUUUCUGGCAGAGUACGAGCCCUUUCUGAAUGAAUUCCUGGCCGCCAUGAGACGUGUAGAGCAAUCGGGCGGGUUUGGGACCGGGGGAAAACCACUCUCAACUUUGAUGCUCGAGUCCUGGAAGAGUCAGCAGUGUUGGUUCAAUCAUGCCGCAACUCACUCAGACUGUGUCGAUUCGAUCUACUGGGCUGUUCUCCACCAGCACCACCCACAAGAUUCUGAAGGUCUUAAGGCACCAGCCGAGACAGAUCCUGAACUGGACAAGUAUAUUGAGCACACUAAAGUUCAAAUCAUUUCGUACGAAAAGGCGCGGGAUAGCCUGGUUUGA